AAGGAGGGUUUCGGAUCAGUGGAGAAGGUCGUGCUGCUCACGUUUCUCUCGGCGGUUAUCCUGAUGGCCAUCUUGGGGAACCUGCUGGUGAUGGUGGCUGUGUGCUGGGACAGGCAGCUCAGGAAAAUAAAAACAAAUUAUUUCAUUGUAUCUCUUGCUUUUGCGGAUCUGCUGGUUUCGGUGCUGGUGAUGCCCUUUGGUGCCAUUGAGCUGGUUCAAGACAUCUGGAUUUAUGGGGAGAUGUUUUGUCUUGUUCGGACAUCUCUGGACGUCCUGCUCACAACAGCAUCGAUUUUUCACCUGUGCUGCAUUUCCCUGGAUAGGUAUUACGCCAUCUGCUGCCAGCCUUUGGUCUACAGGAACAAGAUGACCCCUCUGCGCAUUGCAUUAAUGCUGGGAGGCUGCUGGGUCAUCCCCACGUUUAUUUCUUUUCUCCCUAUAAUGCAAGGCUGGAAUAACAUUGGCAUAAUUGAUUUGAUAGAAAAGAGGAAGUUCAAUCAGAACUCUAACUCUACAUACUGUGUCUUCAUGGUCAACAAGCCCUACGCCAUCACCUGCUCAGUGGUGGCCUUCUACAUCCCAUUUCUCCUCAUGGUGCUGGCCUAUUACCGCAUCUAUGUCACAGCUAAGGAGCAUGCCCACCAGAUUCAGAUGUUACAACGGGCAGGAGCCUCCUCUGAGAGCAGGCCUCAGUCGGCAGACCAGCAUAGCACUCACCGCAUGAGGACAGAGACCAAAGCAGCCAAGACCCUGUGCAUCAUCAUGGGCUGCUUCUGCCUCUGCUGGGCACCAUUCUUUGUCACCAAUAUCGUGGAUCCUUUCAUAGACUACAGUGUCCCUGGGCAGGUGUGGACCGCUUUCCUCUGGCUCGGCUAUAUCAAUUCCGGGUUGAACCCUUUUCUCUACGCCUUCUUGAAUAAGUCUUUUAGACGUGCCUUCCUCAUCAUCCUCUGCUGUGAUGAUGAGCGCUACCGAAGACCUUCCAUUCUGGGCCAGACUGUCCCUUGUUCAACCACAACCAUUAACGGAUCCACACAUGUACUAAGUUCUGGAACGGAAACUGACAGGAAGAAACUUUGGAAUAAGGAAGAGAAGAUUGACCAAACCAUCCAAAUGCCAAAAAGGAAAAAAAAAAGAAAAAAGCCUCUCUGUCCUAUGAAGGCUUAAUUCUGUUGGGGAGAAAGUCAUGUUUUAGGGAAGUGAAAUAG